AUGUACACAAGGCCCUUGCCAACACCUUCUUUGCAAGGAAGGCCACUGGNUGUUCAAGCACCUUGUGUCCUUGAUGAGGAAAGCCUCCAAGCUUUGUUUGAUGAGCCACUAGGAAGCGCUCAAAAAGAAGGGGAGGAUGCAGCCUCAAAGGCACUUGUGGGAGAGAAAAGAAAGAACCCAUCAGCUCAGGUUUCCUCAACCAAGCCAUCUCAGCUCACUAUGACCUUGUUCCCCACCAAAUUCGAAAAUAGGAAAAUUGAGUACAAGAUAAGGUACAAGGGGAGAUCAAGACCAUUCUCUAGAGCCAAGGCCUUGGUCACUUCAGAGCAGUCCAAGGAUCCAACCAAGCUAAGGAGCUUCUGUCUCAAGUCCUCACUAUCACCCUUGAUGUUAAGUUUAGUUGAUAAAGGAGCCAGCUCGACCGACAGCUCGAUCGAGCUAGAAACAAAGGCAACUCGAUCGAGUUCCACAACUCGGCCAAGGGACUCAAAUUCAAGGAGAAACAAGUUUAAGAUGUUCAGAGGUGAAGGAAGCAAGGCAUCGUUCACAAAGGAGGAGAUAACAAGAGGAGCAAGGAGAAUGCUAAAGACACUAACCAAGGAAGAUGAGGAAGGGAGAAGAACCAAGAGGACUAAUGACCCAAUCAGCAGUGAGAGUGAAUUAGGAGAAUUCGAGAUUGGGUUGAACCAUGGAAGGGGAGAAAGUGAUGACUCCUCAAAUGAAGAAGGGAAGAGGUUAAUCAAGAGAUAG